ACAGAAAACUUUGAUUCACACUUGUUUUUUUUCUGCCAUCUAGCUCCAACCAACAAAUCUCAGUCAGAUUUCGACAAGCAGCCAGGAAGAGAGAGAGAGAGAGAGGAUGACAGUGAGAACAGGGGUUUUGAAUGCAGUGGUGGGGCUGAUCGCAGUUUGCAUUGCGGCGUACAUAAUUGGUCCACCGCUGUAUUGGCAUUUGAUGGAAGGAUUCGCCUCCGCCUCCGCCGCUUGUCCUCCAUGUGACUGUGACUGUGAUUCUCUGCCGCUUCUCUCCAUUGCACAAGGACCGAAUAAUGCCUCCUUUACAGAUUGUGCAAAGCACAAUCCAGAUGUCAACGAGGACACACAGAAGAAAUUUGCAGAGCUAUUAUCCGAGGAAUUAAAGCAGCGAUCAGCCAAAGCUUUGGAGAAUCAGCACCGUGCUAACAUGGCACUACUCGAGGCUAAAAAAAUGACGUCCCAGUACCAGAAAGAGGCUGAUAAAUGCAAUUCUGGAAUGGAGACGUGUGAGGAGGCAAGGGAAAAGUCUGAAGCCAAUUUAUUAGCACAGAAACAGUUGACUGCAAUGUGGGAGCUGAGGGCACGCCAAAGAGGUUGGAAAGAUGAAAAUGCUGGCCAAACCCAAUCCCAAUCUCAAGGUAAUGUGCUGGCUAUUUAAAAACAUAUUUAUCAUAUAUAAAUUCAUAGCGAUUGGGUUCAACAUGAGGAUGCUACAUUGAAGGCCGUCGCGAGUCUUGAUUAUCAAGUGUUACCCAGAAGGGAUACUUGGUCUAUGACUAUCUACUAUCAAAGUCUUGAGCAGAUGAUCCCAUGUUAACUCAGAGUAUCAUAUUUCUCUUUAUACUUGCUCUUUUGGAAAGUCAUUCACUCUGCUGAUCAAAAUUUUGUAUUGGAUUCAUUCUUUAGUGGGAAUAUUUGGCAGAAUUUGCACCUACUUUGCUUCCUGUUUGUAGCAACGCCUGCUCGGUUAACUUCUUGUUAGUUAGUCAACAUGAAGGGACCUAUA